AUGGCCAACAAAUUGCCUGGCGGCCCCAAUCAGGGCAGCAUCACUCAACCGGAGGAGAUCACACUGCAUAAUUUAGACUCCGGUGGAUGGGAGCUGGGCCCCUUGGUACAGACGUUCCAUCAGAACAUGCGUGAGGAAGGAUAUCCUGAGCGGAGGUUGGGGGGCAUCAGCUCAGGGGCCGCCAUGAACGAAAACGCACGGCAGGUGCGCCAAAAACCGGCAUUGAAGACCAUCGUGUCGGACUCGCAUGGCUGUGUCAAGCCGGGUGAGAUGCUUUUGGUGUUGGGCCGGCCAGGGGCGGGCUGUACGACCCUGCUCAAAAUUCUCGCCAACCACCGGGAAGGUUAUGCUCAGGUCGAAGGGGAUGUUCACUAUGGCUCCAUGACCAGCGACGAGGCACACCCCUACAGGGGUCAGAUUGCCAUGAACACCGAAGACGAACUUUUCUAUCCCUCGCUCACCGUUAAUAAGACGAUGGAUUUCGCCACCCGUCUGAAGGUCCCGGGGCAUAUCCCCGCCAACGCCAAGAACGGUCAGUCCCAGACGGCCGAGGAAUACCGCCAGGAGCGCAAGGAGUUCUUGCUUGAGUCGAUGGGAAUUGCACACACGCAGAAUACCAAGGUCGGCAACGAGUACGUGCGAGGAGUCUCGGGAGGGGAGCGGAAACGGGUCUCUAUUAUCGAAUGCCUGGCCACCAAUGCCUCCGUCUACUGUUGGGAUAAUAGUACCCGUGGGCUGGAUGCAAGCUCGGCGCUGGACUGGGCGCGUGCCCUCCGAUAUAUGACCACUGAGUUGGGGCUGGCCACGAUUGUGACCCUGUACCAAGCAGGAAACGGCAUCUACGAUCUCAUCGACAAGGUACUCGUUCUGGACGAAGGCAAGCAGAUCUUCUAUGGCCCCCGCGUCGAGGCCCGGCCGUUCAUGGAGAACCUGGGCUUCGUUUGCCGGCCUGGGGCCAACAUCGGCGAUUACUUGACUGGUCUCACUGUUCCUACCGAGCGUCUUAUCGACCCCUCCUUCCGCACUUUCCCGGAGACCGCAGACGCAAUCCUGCAGUACGCCUAUCCUUCCUCGCCCUCGGCCCAGGCCAACACGGAGGCUUUUUGCGCCAGCGUGGCAUUCGAGAAGCAAAAAGGCGUGAAAGCCACGGACCCCAUGACAGUGACCUUCCCACAGCAGUAUCAAAUCACCUUUGGCGACAUGGCUUCCUUCGCCAUCAAGCAAAUGUCUACGCUCGUCCAGGCCCUAAUCGCGGGCUCGCUAAUUUACAACGCCGCCGCCGAUUCAUCAGGACUGUUCAUUCGGGGCGGCACGCUUUUCUUUUCCCUGCUCUACAACGCGCUAAUGGGAAUGUCCGAGGUUGUGGAUUCAUUCACGGGCCGUCCGGUCCUGAUUAAGCACAAGUCAUUCGCCUACUUUCACCCGGCCGCCUUCUAUAUCCCCAUGGCCCUGAUUCAGAUCACGGUCUUUGGGAUUAUCAUCUACUUCAUGGUCGGCCUCACCUCCUCGGCAGCGGCGUUCUUUACCUACUGGAUUAUGCUCUUCGCAACGACAAUGUGUAUCGCAGCUAUGUUCCGUGCGGUGGGUGCGGCUUUCCGCACCUUUGACGGGGCGUCCAAAGUGUCCGGAUUCCUGAUCUCCGCCUUGGUCAUGUAUACGGGUUAUAUGAUUAAGAAACCCGACAUGCACCCGUGGUUUGUCUGGAUUUACUGGAUCGAUCCGCUCGCGUACGCCUUUGAGUCCGUGCUGUCCAAUGAGUUCCACGAUAAGGUGAUCGACUGCGUCGGGGGCAAUAUUAUCCCCGCUGGCCCCGGCUAUUCGGCCACUCCGGGGCAGGCUUCCUGUACUGGCGUCGGUGGAGCCGUGCACGGGGAGGUCUCGCUCACGGGCGAUCAAUACCUGCACUCACUGAGCUACAGUCACAGCCACGUCUGGCGGAAUUUCGGCAUCGUGUGGUGCUGGUGGGCGCUCUUUGUUGGCAUCACAGUACUGGCAACCAUGCUUUGGCGGGACCGGGGCGCCACCGGGGCCACGCGCCUGGUUCCCUACGAAUUGGCCCGGAAAGGCCGUGUCGUAGUCGAUGAAGAGUCCCAGGCCCCUCCGGACGACCGCCGGUCGGACAAGUCAUCGGCAGCCAUCUCCCCCACCCCCAACGCAGCCACCAUCGCCCGGAACACCUCGAUAUUCACCUGGAAGAAUCUCAAGUAUACCGUCAAAACCCCGCAGGGCGACCGUGUUCUUCUGAAUGACAUCUAUGGCUGGGUCAAACCAGGCAUGCUCGGAGCCCUGAUGGGAUCAUCCGGAGCAGGGAAGACCACUCUCUUGGAUGUCCUGGCGCAACGCAAGACAGAUGGCACGAUCCAAGGCUCAAUUCUCGUGGAUGGCCGCCCUCUUGAUGUCUCCUUUCAACGAUCCGCCGGGUAUUGUGAGCAGCUGGAUGUCCACGAGGCUAUGACGACCGUCCGGGAAGCACUGGAAUUUUCGGCCUUACUGCGACAGCCCGCACAUAUCCCUCGAGAGGAAAAGCUCGCCUAUGUUGAUGCUAUUAUUGACUUGCUUGAGCUUCAUGAUAUCGCGGAUAUCUUAAUUGGAAAACCCGGGGCGGGCCUUAGUAUUGAACAACGAAAGUGGGUGACGAUCGGCGUUGAGCUUGUAUCCAAGCCCAAGAUCCUCAUCUUUCUCGAUGAGCCACCUCCGGAUUGGAUGCCUUCGGCUCAAUUGUUUACGCAGUUCGAUACACUGCUGUUACUCGCCAAGGGGGGUAAGAUGGUGUACUUCGGUGAUAUCGGGGAGAAUGCACAAACCAUGAAGGAUUACUUUGCUCGCAACGGGGUCACUUGUCCGCCCGAGUCGAAUCCGGCGGAGUUCAUGAUCGACGUGGUCACUGGCCGCCUGUCGAAACGCGACUGGCAUGAGGUCUGGAUGGAGUCGCCCGAGCACACUCAGCGGCUCAGUGAGCUUGAACAGAUGGUCAAGGAGGCAGAGCAGCGCCCAGUCGGCGAGCCGGACCUGAGCGAAUUUGCUCUUUCCCUGUGGGAGCAGACCAAGAUCGUCCCGCGUCGCAUGAAUCUCGCCCUCUAUCGCAACACAGACUACAUCAACAACAAGGUUGCCCUGCACAUCGCGUCUGCCCUCUUCAACGGCUUUACCUUCUGGAUGAUUGGCGACAGCGUCAGCGACAUGCAGCUUCGUCUCUUUACUGUCUUCAAUUUCGUUUUUGUGGCCGCCGGUGUGAUCAACCAGCUCCAACCGUUGUUCAUCGAGCGGCGAGACAUUUACGAUACGCGGGAAAAGAAUUCGCGCAUGUACUCGUGGAAGGCGUUUGUGACGGCGCUGAUUAUCUCUGAGUUUCCCUACCUGUGCGUAUGCGGUAUCCUCUACUAUGUCUGUUGGUAUUACACAGUUGGGUUCAGCUCGGACUCGAACAAGGGGGGGGCCACCUUCUUUGUGAUGCUGAUGUACGAGUUUCUAUAUACUGGAAUUGGACAGUUCAUCGCUGCAUACGCGCCCAACGCCCUGUUCGCUUCCCUGGCCAACCCGCUGGUUAUCGGGAUCCUCGUCUCCUUCUGCGGUGUUAUGGUGCCCUACGCGGAGAUCAAUGUCUUCUGGCGGUACUGGAUGUACUACCUGAACCCGUUCAACUAUCUGAUGGGCAGCAUGUUGGUCUUUACCGUGUGGGGUACCGACGUCAGAUGCACCCAGUCUGAGCUGGCCAUCUUCGAUCCACCGGCCAACUCCACCUGCGGGCAGUACCUGUCCACCUACCUGGAGACCCUGGGGUCUGCUGCCGACCUGCUCAACCCCGGUGCGACCACGCAGUGCGAGGUCUGCCCCUACAGCCGGGGAUCGGACUACCUGGCGACCCUCAAUCUACCCCACUACUACGACGGGUGGCGGAACACGGCCAUCGUCGUGAUCUUCGUCUUCAGCUCGUACGGGCUCGUCUUCCUGAUGAUGAAGCUGCGGACCAAGGCCUCCAAGAAGGCCGAGUGA